UAUUUUCGAUUCAUUAAAAUAAAGUCAAUCAUAUUUUCGUAACAUAGACACAAACCCUGUCUUAGAUUCACAAUGCUCUCUUUUUACACAGUUGAGUGAAUCUACCUGAGAUUCGCGGCAUCGCAAGAACCGCACCGCUCAUCCACCAACACUCCUUCAGCGAUGACAUCGACUCUCCCAAACACUGAUUGCUGUCUUUAAUGUCAACACACUUUCAACAUAAGCAUAAUUUGGUGGAAGAAUCAAACUAAAUCGAAAUCGAGUGGCGUGCUUAAUCAAAUGGGGGACGAGGACGGAGGUGACAAAACAAGGAGAGUGGUUUUUGUGACUGUAGGAACGACUUCUUUUGAUGCUCUUGUGAGAGCUAUGGAUUCAGAAAAUGUUAAGAAACAAUUGCUUGCAAAAGGUUAUACCGAUCUUCUCAUCCAAAUGGGCCGUGGAUCCUUUCUUCCUACCAAGUCUGAAAGAGAAGGUUCAUUGGCUGUAGACUACUUCACUUUUUCUUCCAGUAUUGCAGACCAUCUCAGAUCUGCUUCUCUUGUAAUUAGCCAUGCAGGGUCAGGCAGCAUAUUUGAGACACUGAGGCUAAGCAAACCGUUAAUUGUAGUCGUAAACGAAGAUUUAAUGGAUAAUCAUCAAAGUGAGCUUGCCGAUGAACUUGCCAACAGAAAACAUUUGUAUUGUGCUAGUCCUCAUACACUCCAUCAAACUAUAUCAGAUAUGGAUUUAAAUUCUCUCCUUCCUUAUACUCCAGGUGAUGCUACACCAGUGGCCAAUCAUAUAAACAGAUUCCUUGGUUUUCCUGAUGAUUGAUCUCAAGGCUUUCCUUAUCUUCUGGUUUAUUAAAGUAUGUGCUUGAUAUUGUGGCAUUGCUGAAAAUUGAUAUAUGAUAUUUGGAUUCAUGCAUCUCUGAGAUAGCUGUUGGGUUACUUUUUCCAUUUUCUCCCUUUUUUUACAGUGGUGUCCAUUUUCAUCAUCUUCUGUAUAAGUUUAAGUGGUUAAGUGAAUUGUACUCUUGUCACUGAAUAUAUGUUUCUUUUGAUAAUAUCAUAAAAUCUAAGAAAGUUUCAUAA